AUGGGCAAAACCAAAAUCUUUCAUUCCCAGGGUAUAAUGCUGCUAUGGACAUCUACAUCAGACACACCUUCUCAAUUUCAUACAUUCUAUGCAGCUAUAAUCUUCCUUGCAUUAGGGAACAGUGGUCAAAAGCUUACAGAAAAUUUUCUUGAAUACCAAUUGGAAGAGAAAAUUGAAGCGAGACAAGCAGUAGGUGGUGGAAGCACACACAAGAAGAAAGAGCUAGAGUUCAUGGAUAAAGUGCUUAUUAGAAGCUGGAUGUACGCUCCAUGUGUUGUUGGAUAUAUCAUCACAAUUAUUUAUGCCUUCGUCGUUGAUGACAAGUACGAGCACACAUUCCGAUUCGCGGCACUUUUCAUGGGUGGCACUUACAUGGUGUUCCUCGCUGGUUCUGCGUGGUACAGCCGCGAAGAAUUGCCUGUUGAAAGCAAUCUACGCAAGAUCUACAGAAUCCUCAAAGCAGCUUUAUGGAAACGGGGUGCAAAAUAUCCAACCUCGCCGAGUAGAUAUUACUGGAAGGGUUGUAAGCAAGAUCAUCAUUAUAAACACCGUGAAGGAGUAAGGUUAGUGCCACCAGUUCCACGGUUAUGCCGGUGGUUGGACAAAGCAGCUAUACUUGAACCAGAAGAUUCCAGAGUGGGUGUGGAGGUGCAAGAAAAGAAUAUGAAGCUUUGCACGGUAAAGGACGUGAGGGAAGUGAAGAGCCUGGUUCCUAUGUUUUACCUGGGCUUUGCAUUCUUUGGUUACAGUUUACUCGUGGCCACCGAGAACACUUUUUUUGUUGCACAAGCAAGCAACAUGACAUCAAAGAUUACUAAAAAUGAUAAUGAUAUCUUUCUUCUCUUUUUGAUCAAGGAGGGCGUGAGUGAUGUGUCACGGUUCAUCUGUUUUCUUAUCGGUUGUGCAUUUCGACGCUUAAAACACUUCAAAUUUAUUGACAACGUGUGCAACAAGAAAGCAGCAAUUGUAAGGAUUGGUUUUGGCAUGGUUUUUGCAGUGAUUUGUAGCCUCAUAGCUUGGAAAGUUGAGGUUGGUAGAUUGAACGUAAACAAGGAGAUGGGUUACAUCGAGGAAGGCAGAAACUCCACAGUGGCCUUGGUUCCGCAAUUUUCAUUGAUGGGAAUCACUGAGGGGCUUGUUGAGGGUGGAAUGGCGAGUUUGUUCCGUAGGCACGUGGCGAAAUCAAUGUGGAGUUUUGGGGAUGCGUUUGGGGGAUUGGUGAUUGGUAGUGGAAAACUCUUGAUCAUUCCACUUGUCUUAGGUAUCCCUAGUUGGUUCAAGGAUACUUUGAACGCUAGUCGUUUGGACAGGUUCUAUCUGAUGUUGGGAAUAUUGAACGCUGUGUUUCUUCUGGUUUUUGCUUACUACUCCUUCAUGUAUGCAUACAAAGUAGUAUGCCCUGAAGAUGAUCAACCAGACUCAGAAAGCUCCCAAGUUGAAGAAUCGAAGGGGGAGAAUCCGGAUUUCGUUGAAAGUACAGUUGAAAUACAGUUGGAAAACAAUGGUAGCCAACAGAGACUUUGA